GGGCGCGGUCUCCCGGGCUGUACUCGGGUCUCCGCCGAACACACGGAGGAGAGACGCGGGGGCCCCGGAAGCUCCCGUCGAGGCCGGUUUGAGUCCAAGGAGUGCGGAGAGCCGUUCUCGGGAGAAGCAGCCUCUUCCGGGGAGGAAGCGGGCUUGCCGGGUAGCUAACAGCAGGCACGUAGUGUAGAGGAGUCCUGCAGUUUAGGACUUUCAGAGCUUGGAAUCGGCACCCGGGGGACAACAGGUGUCCAGACGCCCGGCCUUGGGUUAUCGAUGCAGUGUGUGCUCUUUGGUCAUCCCCUCAGAGACGUUUUCCUCUUCUCACAGCUGCUGAAACAAAAAUCACAAGUCUCGGAAAAGCCUCCUGUCUCUCAGAUGGAUCCCCAAAAGCAGCCCAAAAUUAUCCAGCAGAACAGAAAGAUCUCAGAGAAACGAAAGGAAGACGAGAAACCAAAAGAAAAAGACCAGGCGGGCACUGGGCACUCUGUUCCCUCUGCAUCUAAGAGGGACAGGAAGGUGCCACUACCUGCCACAAAGACCAACGGAACAGAGUAUAAGAAGGGAGCCCAAAAAAGGACAAAUGGUGACAUUUCCUCAAAACCAGGGGACAUCAAGCAUAAGAAGCGGAAAGCUGAGGAGGCAGCCGCGGCCUCUUCCUCGGCCCCGCCCACGGAGGAGGACAUCUGGUUUGAUGAUGUGGACCCAGCCGACAUCGAGGCUGCCAUAGGCCCGGAGGCAGCCAGGAUAGCAAGGAAGCAGCUCGGGCAGAAGGAGAGCAGCAUCAGCCUGGAGAAGGAGCAGGCCUUUGACGGCCUGACGAAAGCCUUGGCCUUGGACUGCGAGAUGGUGGGCGUGGGCCCUCAGGGGGAGGAGAGCAUCGCCGCCCGCGUGUCCCUUGUGAACCAGUACGGGAAGUGCGUGUACGACAAGUUCAUCAAGCCGACCGAGCCUGUGACGGACUACAGGACGGCCGUCAGUGGGGUGCGGCCCGAGCACCUUGGGCAGGGAGAAGAGCUUGAAGUUGUGCAGAGCGAAGUGGCAGAGAUGCUGAAAGGCAGGAUCCUGGUGGGCCACGCACUGCACAAUGAUUUAAAGGUGUUGUUUCUUGAUCAUCCAAAGAAGAAGAUCCGGGACACACAGAAAUACAAACCUUUCAAGAGGCAAGUGAAGAGCGGAAGGCCCUCUCUGAAGCUGCUUUCGGAGAAGAUCCUGGGGAUCAGAGUCCAGCAGGCAGAGCACUGUUCAAUCCAGGACGCCCAGGCAGCAAUGAGGCUGUACAUCAUGGUGAAGAGGGACUGGGAGAGCACCGCCCGGGACAGGCACCCCCCGGCCCCUGCCCAGCACCGCCACGGUGAGGACGCCUAGCCCGCCCACCGCCCACCACCCUGUGGAGGCACCUGGACCCCCAGCACAGGACCAGAUUGUGGCACCAUCUCAUCUGGAAAGCAGCAGCUCUAGCAAGCCGCUUCCAAGACCAUGGGCACAGGGCAUGGUGCCUGGAAUGCUGGACCGGCUUCCUCUGGACUGUGUUGUGAGGGGCAGGGUGUGCAGGGGAGGGGGUGAAAGGUAUGUUCGAGGCACAGCCAGGAGUCUGGGGACCCGGGUCUGAGGACUCGGCUGCUGACCACUGAAGGAAGGGACAGCUGGCUGCCCUGCUGCUCUGAUGAUGAGCUGUGGGCGGCUGGCCUGGUGCUGGAUGGUUUCCUCUGAAGCCACUCUGCCCUCUUGUCGUGGGUGAGGAGACAGGCUGUGCCUGCAGCAGUGACUGCUGUGCAGAGCUAGGGAAUUUCCUGCGGCCGUUGGGCCCUGGAGGAGGCUGUGUGGGGCGUGCUCCCCUCCAGUUUUCCUCAGUUGGCCAAGGGCUGCCGCAGACUAGCACCCAACAUACUUGUACCCAGCUAGACUCGGACAUGGCCACGUAGCCAGCGCCGCCCUGGUCUGGAAAGGCCAUGGGCUCCAGAGGGCCACAUGCUGGCAGGGCCUGGGUCCAGGGCAGGUCGGGGUGGCCGCCACAUCCGUAAGGCCAGGUGAGCCCUCUGCCCCUGUCGUUGACAGACAUGGCCGCUUGCUGCCAGUGGGGCUCGUGAGGCCUGCAACAGGCCCCGUAUUCAAUGCCCAG